AUCCACAGGUAGCCUAUAAUGUAAAUGUAGAUACAUAUGUUACAAAGUUGAUGGAACAGUGAAAAACGUUAUAAAGGUAUUGUGAUGUCAUCAUUUUGGGUCACGCAGAAAGUAUCAAAAUCGCCAAAUGGUUAUCAUGAGGAGUUAUCCAGAGAGCCAGUCUAGACGUCAUCAUUACAAGGGAGGCAAGUAGUCGUCAUAAAGGAGCCUGAUAUUAUAAAGUCUCGCUCGGGGUCCAGAUUGGCGCACAACCCAAACGGUAACCAACUAAACGCAACCCUUGUUGUAGUGUGUGUGUGUAGUUUUUCCAGCCUUUUUCUUUGACGUCCUGAAGACAAAAUGUGGUCCCAAAAAAAGUACAGAAGUUCCGUGAAGGAGAGGGAAGACCUUGGCCGUCUCUACAUUGACUAUGAUGGGGACAUGGACCGUAUCAUGCAGUCAGCUCUCUGCGCCGAGACGGAAGAUGAGCCGCGCAUCAGAGAGGUUCUUCAGAGCCUUAUCGCCGCGCAGGAGAUUCCCGCCCUCAGGGCUUUCACUCACGAGAGCACACAGAAGAAGCGCAACCGGAGGCGCAAGGUGGAGAUGGAGAGAGAGGAGGCUGAGACUAAGCAGAAAGAGAUGGGCAUCACCAGUGACGACAGCCUGUCCGCUCUGAUCAAGAGGAAGCAAAAGUCCAAUCAGCAGAAAUUCAACUCCCUCAUCUCUAACCUGGAGGAGAAGUACUGUGAGGUUGUGCCCAAGAAGAAAGGUGAUAAAUAAGAGCAGUGUUCUGCUCUGCAGGCUUUGUACAGGCCAUUACAGCCCCACAGCCAUCUUUCAUUUCUAAUUAAACUAAGAGCACAACCU